AUGUGGAUUUUGCUGAACGGUACCGCCGCGCGGGUGCCACGCGGCGGCACCGGGGCCCGCCUACCCUUCCCUUCCACGCAGCCCACACACGGCUGCAUCUCCCCCACCAAUCGUACGCCCUGCUGCUUGGCCGUUUCCCGCAUCAAGAAUUCGUUGACAUGGCCGGUGGAGGCAUGGAACAAAUCAAUAUAGAUGGUGGGCGUGGAUUUGCCUACCGA